AUGUCUUCCAACGAGGCCCCUACUGGCGAGUACCAGGAUAGUGAAUACGUCUCACGCCCGUCUCAGCGAGGUCAGCCCAUCAGCGUCCAGGCCGACGAUGCCAAAGUUGAGGAUCCUAUCGACGCUCGAACCGCCGAUACCGAUGAGCAGCUAGAGCGUGACGAUAAAGAAGCUAUUGAUAAGAGUAAUAUCUUGGACGAGCGCACUCGUCACGCCAAGCCUAGUGGCCAGUACCGGGAGCCAGGAGACACUGAGGGUUUGGAACGUGACAGACUGGAGUAA